UCAACUUCUUUUGUUGCUCCUAAGAAUCAAGUUCAAAUUCAACAUGUCUGAUUGUAGCUGUUUCCCAAGAGGCAGUACUUUUAAGUUGUCUAAGACUUCACUUUCUUCAUAUAAAUGGGAGGAGAAAAAAGGAGUGACUGUUGUUUGUAUGGGGGAGAUGAUGUUCGAUUUCGUCCCGAUGACUUCCGGGGUUUCUCUUUCAGAAGCAGAGGCUUUCAAGAAAGCCGCUGGUGGAGCUCCUGCUAAUGUUGCUGUUGGGAUAGCAAGAUUGGGAGGCUCAUCAGCUUUCAUUGGCAAGGUUGGUGAUGAUGAAUUUGGACACGCGCUGGCUAACAUUUUGAAAGAAAACAAAGUUGACAAUUCAGGAAUGCGGUUUGACCCGGAUGCUAGGACUGCAUUGGCCUUUGUGACGCUGACAAAAAAUGGGGAGCGUGAAUUUCUCUUCUUCAGGAAUCCAAGUGCCGAUAUGCUUCUCCGUGAGGCAGACCUUGAUGUAGAUCUAAUAAAAAAGGCCGGUAUUUUUCACUAUGGAUCAAUCAGCUUGAUUGAGGAACCCUGCAGAUCAGCUCACCUUGCUGCCAUGAAAAUUGCUAAGAACUCGGGUUGUCUCCUCUCUUAUGACCCAAAUUUGAGAUUACCACUUUGGCCAUCCGAAAAGUCUGCCAGGGAUGGCAUUAUGAGCAUAUGGGCACAAGCUGACAUCAUUAAGAUUAGUACAGAAGAAAUUACAUUCUUGACCGAAGGCGAAGAUCCUUAUGACAAUAACGUGGUGAGGGAGAAACUUUUUCACUCCAAUCUCAAGCUUUUGCUGGUAUCGGAAGGGACAAACGGGUGCAGAUAUUACACAAAGGAUUUUAACGGCCAAGUUUUUGGUGUUAAAGUCAAUGCCGUCGACACAACUGGUGCUGGUGAUGGUUUUGUUGCUGGGAUACUGAAUAUUUUUGCUUCGGACUUGGAUCUAUACAAGGACGAAAAGCGGUUGCAGGAUGCUCUCCUCUUUGCAAAUGCCUGCGGUGCUCUCACCGUGACAGAGAGAGGAGCCAUUCCGGCAAUGCCCACAAGAGAGGCUGUCCUCGAAAUUGUGAAGAAAGUCACCACAUGCGAAAAUAUGUGAUUGGCAAAAGAUCUUGAGCAUUUGUUUGUUGUUUUUGUUUUAAUUUUGGAACAAAACUAGAAUAGGGAGAGAGCUAAUGCAUUCUUUUCAGAGAAUAAAUGUUGCUGGUAUGCAAUAAACAACCACAUUUUA